AUGAAACAAGAAUCAGAGCUUGUAGAAACAUGGGGAGUCGGAAAGGACGAUACCGGAAGUAAAAAUGAAAAACGUGCAGGACGUCGUAAGAUAAAGAUUGAAUACAUCGAUGACAAAAGCAGGCGUCAUAUUACUUUCAGUAAGCGAAAGGCCGGUAUAAUGAAGAAGGCAUACGAGCUUAGUACUCUCACAGGAACCCAGGUCCUACUUCUUGUCGUUUCAGAGACUGGUCUCGUAUAUACGUUUACUACUCCAAAACUUCAACCACUUGUAACAAAACCCGAAGGAAAAAAUUUGAUUCAAGCCUGCUUGAAUGCACCGGACGCUCCUUCGGCUCAAGAUACAACAGCAACGACACGUUCUUCAAACAAUAAUCAAUCAUACGGAAGUGAAAGUACCACUCCAGUAGAAGGAAAUAACAAUGAUGUCUAUGAGAAUGACCGCAAGCCCCAAGCAAGUGGCGGGCAAAUGGCACAAGCUCAACCUUCAUAUGCAGCACUUGGGUUGAAUCCCUACAAUCAAUAUGGAGGAAUUCCAAAUAGCAUGACCUUGGGCGGCGCUGGUGGGAUUGCAGGGCCUCCAUAUAUGUCAGGUGCAGCCGGAUAUCCACAAUAUGGUCAAAACCAUAUGAACCAAUAUGCGACAAAUAACGCUUACAUGCAAACUGCAAACUACUGGGGACAGCCUGCUGGUAAUGCAACUAAUACAAAUGGUACCGGAAAGGUGCCGCAAUAUUCAAAUCAAAUUAACCAAUCACCAGAAAAGAAGAAUUAG